CGCAGCCAAAAUCAAAAGAAGCCAUUUUGUUGUGUUAGUACCAAGGAGAGCCUACGCGUGUAUUCUUCAUGAGAAUUAUAUAUUUACAAACAAUAAAAUUAAAUAAAAUGUAUAUAAAGAAGAAUAAGGAUUUCUUACAUGCGUAUCAUUAUAAUUAAUUGUACAAGAAAGAUAGUAGAAAUAUAUUACAUCAAGAAAUGCACAUGAAUGAAAUACACAUUGAGAAAUUUUUAAUUUGGAUGAGUACAAAUUGAAUCAAAUCUCAAAGGAUCAAUUUCAAGGAUGGGAAUUCCUGGUUUGACAACGUUUAUCUCAAAUUAUUCUGACCGUUUUCUCGAAAAUUAUGAACUACAUGAUACUUACUUAGUAAUUGAUGGCAAUAGCAUAGCCUGUCAAUUGUACAAUUGGUAUGCAAGCUGUAAUUGCGCUUUUGGUGGUGAUUAUGAUAAAUAUGCACAAUGUGUAUCAGAAUUUUUUGACGAACUUUUAAAGUGCAAUGUUACUCCAUUGGUAUUAUUUGAUGGAGGCAGUGAAGACAAGAAACUCAAGACAAUUAUAACUCGAACUAGAGAGAAGAUUCGAUUAGCAUCAUCUUACACACCAAGUUCUCAGCAUAGAAACAAAUUCUUUCCUUUAUGUAUAAAGGAAGUUUUCAAGGAUAUCAUGAGAGGAAAAGGCAUUAAGUAUGUACAAUGUAUAUUUGAAGCAGAUAAUACCAUAGCUGCAAUAGCACGUAUUCUUAAGUGUCCUGUAUUAAGUUAUGAUUCUGAUUUCUAUAUUUAUGGGUCGUUGUACAUACCAUUCAGUACAUGGCGAAAUUAUGUGAUUCGUAACUCAACUGGCAAUGGUUACGUAAAACGUUGCAAGAUUUAUUAUGUUGAAAAGCUUUUCCAUUUUUAUAACGGACUGAAUCAAUCUUUAUUGCCAUUAGCGGCAGUAUUAUUGGGAAAUGAUUAUGUGAAGCAACAUGUAUUUAGAAACUUUUUCCGUCAUUUGAAAUUACCACCAGCAGGGAGGAGGAAAUACAAUGAACAACAACGACGUAUUGAUGCUACAUUCGAUUGGCUGCGAAGAUAUAGUUUAAAUCAAGCUAUAAUAGGAAUACUAAGCAGGUUACGUAAGCAAGAACGCAAACAUGUGUUAAAUAUAAUAGAGACAAUAAUAAACAGUUAUCUUAAUGCAUCAUUGAGUGUAUUGACUAUGCUAGGUGUGCCUGCAGAAAAAUUCUCAAAAGCACACUUGCAAAGUGCAUCCAAGACAUACAAAUUUGAAGGUGAUAUAUACCAAUUGAUAUAUAUUGAAGAGAAGACAAAUGAAACAAACUUAAGUGAAGAAGAAGGGAUAGAUGAACAGGAAGCAACAAGAAUACUUGAAGAAACAGAAUUAGUUUCUAACGAAUCGCUGGUUAACAAUUUGCCUCCAUGGUUUAUUAACGAAUUUAAGAAGGGCAGUUAUCCAGCUUACUUCAUUGAUUUAAUAAUACGGAAAUUGUAUAUUUUCCCUGCACAAGUUGAAGAUUAUUCUUACGCUUCAUCUGCCAUUGCAAGUUUGAAAAUUAUAAGUGUUAUAUACGGGCUGUUGAUAUCAGAAAUAGACAAAGAGAAAACCUGCAUGAAAUAUAUGACAAGGGAUGAAAAUAAGAGAAUAAAGCAUUAUUGUUUAGAAUAUAAUGAGGAUAUGUUUGGAUGUAAACUGCCUUCUUUGUCUAAUUUGAGAGAGAUACCUAUUAUUAUCAGAACAGAAAUUUUAAACACCACUUUAGGGGUCACUGGUGAAAAUGUUAUGAGUGAAAUUCCACCAAUGUGGAUGUUAUAUAUUGCAACCAUCAAAUAUUGGAUAGAUCAACAACAGGAGCCUGCUAAGUUUAAUUAUCAUAUAUACUCUUUAUUAUUUGCUUUGUUGUAUAACAUAAUAGAUUGUAAGAUAGGUUUUUAUAGAAUUUUAAAUAUUUUUCAACAAAAAUUCUACAAAAUCGCGCAAAAUAUUCAGUCUGCAAGAAAAAUGGGAAACUAUAGGCCACAGUAUUCAAUGGAUGUUACAAUUUCAGAUGCAAUUUACGAAGUUAAUGCAGAUGAUUGUUUGAUCGCGGCUUCGUUUUUUGUAUCUAAUUUCGAAAUGGACUAUAAAGUAUAUUCGCAACCAAAAAAAUUCAAUGUUACAAUUGUGCACGGUUUUGCGGAAUUUCAAAAUUGCUUGAGACAUAGUAUGCAUUUAAAUGCACUAUUAGGAUAUCCAUAUGAACAAACUAAGAUUGCAAACGUGUUCAAUGGUACAUUGUUGUACAAUUUGUGUAGCAAUUUUAAAAAACGCGACAAUGUUGAAAUUUACAUAAAUUCAGUUUUACAUAAUUCUCCAAGUCUACAGCGUCUGUUCAAUAUACUGUUGUUAAAAUUCAAACCUUUAUUUAGUAUGUGCACAAUGCAAACAAAAGUCAGCAAAUAUAAAAAGCAAAAGAUAAAAUGUGAAAGAAAGGAACAAUCCACACAAGAUCACGAAGAAGAGAUUGCGAAAAAAUGUGAAAGCACUAAUGAACCAUCCUUUCAUGAUGUAAAUAAUCCAUUUACUGUACUUGGUGCUAUGCAAGAAUAAGGUUUUUAUUGUACAUACAAUUGUAUGUACAUAUGAAGUCGUGCAUAAUACAUAUAUCUCAAGUUUAUUUUAUGUAAAUGUAUCUAUUACAACUCUUGAUCCAAUAUAAUUUACGAUUAUAAAAAAUCAACAUCCGAGUUUCAAGUUUUACGGUUAGAUUAUAUCUAAAUCUUCGCUAGUAUUAGAUUCAUCACUCUCAGAAAAAUUUGUAUAAUCUUUUCGUUUUUUAUGUAUUGUUUGUUUAUUUGAUUGUUUGGUGUGAAUCCUUUUUCUUGUGUUAACCAAUCUAUUCUAAACGAAGAAGCAGAGAAAGUACAAAGAUUUUAUUGUAAAGUAUAAACAUUUAAACAUGAAAAAAUUCAUUAUUUGUCUUACAUUUUUAUAAAGUUCCCAGAAUGCAGUGAUUGCUGUUUUAACGACAUUUGCCUCUUGUCGUAAAGUCGGUAUGUAGUAUUGGUCUUCACCAUGUUUAGCAAGUAGUCCAACGCAGACAGCAUACUUCAAUUUUUCCUGUAAUUCCUGCUGGAAAAUUAAGAAAUCGCUUUCGACAGGAUAAUGUCUCUGUAUGUAUUGUCCUAAAGAUUUUAACUCAACAAACAAUUGAUGCAUUUGUAGCUCUUUUACAGCUGUACGUAACAUCUGCGGUGUUAUAGGAAUCCUUUCCAUCUGUGUAUGAAAUAUAAUUGAAUUUUGUAGUAAUAUAAUUACAACACGCAUCAUGACAGAUUCAUUUAAUCUAACGUUUCUCAUAUGCUAUUGCAUAAAUAAGCAAAAUUCAAUACAAGAUAGAAAUAUUAUAUACACUUAUUAUGAUUUAUACUAUGAUCAUAAGAUUAUAUUUUUGUAAAAAAACUUUUUAUCACUUCUUUAAUGCAUUAAUUGCAUUCUUUUAAAAUUUGAAAGAAUAUGCAGAAAUUAAUGCAUAGUUUUAUAAUAGUUCAACUUACGAUAUUCGGUGAAUUGUAUAUGCUAAUAACAGUGAUUACAUGUAAUUUUGUGGUACAUAAUUUGACAUGAUUGCUAAACUAAUUUCGAUACAAAUCGAUAGUUCGAAGAGACGCUAUAAAUAUAUUUAUAUUAUUGUUUCUACACUUUUAUAAAAAUUACGAUUUGAAAAUAAAUUCACAAAACAUAAUGUUUCUGGAUUUAUCGUAAUAAAAGUAUUUAAUUAGAUAACAAAGAUAUUAAAAAAACUAAAAAAAAAUAUCGAUAAUGGUAUUGAAAUUCGCAUGAACAUCUUAUUUAUUUAUUACAACGAAAUUUUCCAAUUACAGGGAUAUUCCUGUUAUAGGCAAAUACGAUAAAAUUAAUCAUAUGCAAUGUUUUAGAAAUUAAAUUAACUUAGUAUAUUUCACAUGUAUCUUAAUGUAACAAUUUUAUAUUGCAUUUUACGUUACAUAAUAUAGUAUCCCACACAACACAACGUCUAAAAUUGGGACAUAAGACGUCUGAAAGACAUUUUAAAGACAUCUUUCAGACGUCGGAAUGUAAGACGUCACUAAGAUGUCUUUAAGACGUCUUCAAGAUGUCUUAUGUCCCGAUUUUACGUUAUGUUGUAUGGGAUCGUUAUUAAAUUUUCACAAAAUAUAGAGAUAAUAAAUAAGGAAUAAAAGUAAGAGAAACUGUUAUUCAUUUGUUAAAUAUAUUAUCUCGUUAAUCAGAAUAAAAUAUUUGUAUACAUAUUUA